CCUUCGCGUCGCGCGAUGCCGCCGAAUUCUUGAAGCGUUCCGGAAAAAUGUCGCUGUUCAAGACGAAGGAAUGGUGGAGAACGCAGUGCGGAGUAAACGAGUCCUUCGAUAGGCGCAGCCUGCUGAUUACGCCGUUGUUCGGCACCGACCGGAAGGACGUCGUCGUCGUCGGCAGCCACAGCGGCUACCUCCGGAUAUACAGCCCGUCCUCGCAAUGGAUAGACGAGACCAAGUCACCGAGCGGUUACAAGUCCUCGGACUUGAUCAUCGAAACGCAAAUCGGCGAUUGCAUCGUCGACAUGAAGGCAGGCAGAUUCGUCUCAGGCUCGCAAGAUACUCGACUCGCGAUACUGACGUCAAAAAAACUCGUUAUUUAUAACAUAAUUUUGAGCCAAGGAUCCGUUGAACACGGAGACCACUGCGACCUGGAGAUCGCUUACGAGCAUUCGCUACCGCGAUUUCCGGCGUCCCUGACGGCGGGACCGUUUGGCGGCGUGCGGGGUCGGGACUUCCUCUGCGUACAGUGUCUGGACGGCACGCUUUUCUUCUACGAGCAAGAGACUCCCACCUUCAGCCUGGUUCUCGGGAAUCGACUGCUGCCGGAGCCGAUCGUCUACGUUUCGCGGAACGACAUCUUCGUGACGCCGAGCUCCUCGUGGAUCCUCGAAUGCUACAGGUACAAGAGUAUGGCGGAAUUUGGUAGCAAGGAUCACUCGGAGGAGCCAAAGUACCUAGAACCGGACUGGAGUUACAAUAUUGGGGAGGCCGUUCUCGAUAUCGACGCCGUAACUUUGAGCAGCUUCGAAGUCGGGAUUCUCAUACUCGGCGAGAAGAAUCUGUAUUGCCUGAAAGACAACUGCGUCACCCUGAAGUACGCGAAGAGGCUCGAAUACAAGGCACUCUGCUUUCAAGCAUACGUGAUAGAGCCGGAUGGCAAGCUGAUGGUGCUCGUAAUCGCUGACACGAACACUCUGAUGAUUUACGAGGGCACGACUCUUAAGUGGUCAGCUCAGCUACCUCUUACUCCGGUCGCCGUAACUCGAGCGCAUUUUCAGCACUUAGACGGAGUGAUCGUCGUUCUCUCCGAAGAGGGUCAGCUGGAGACUUGCUACUUGGGCUCGGAACCGUCGUUAUUUAUCGCGCCUCCUCUGCAUCGACGCGGUUACGAUUACGUGGCCGCCGAGGAUGAGCUCUUGGAACUCCGCAAGUUGGCGAAGAAAAACAAGGCUUCCGGCAAUCAACUCAAUGACGUCACCAUGGACGCCGAGCUGAUAAUAUCCGCAACCGUGUCUGCGGAUCUGGAGCCCUGUCCACGCGGAAACCAGGACGACCCGAAGGACGAUUCGGAGGGUCGUAAUUUAAUGUGCAGAAUCACCAUAGAGUUGUCCACGUACACGACGCUUCGCGAUGUUCAAGUAUGCGUGGACGUCUCGAAGCCAUUCGUCGCCGAGAAGAAUCACCACGUUAUUACCAAUCUUUGUAAGCAAGUCACGUACUGGUUGCGUGUGGGGAGGCGACUUGCCGCCUCCCCGUAUGAAGAUCGAUUUUUGUGGACCCUGGCGAGAGCUCGAACGCCUCCGCAAAGUCCGCGCGAGGUGGAGGAUCCGCAGCCGAGGGCGAGGACGCGCGAGGCUGCGAGCUUGCAGGAGGGCAGCCCGCAGGUGCCGCGGAGCCCGUGCGAGGAGGCACCGCUGCGUGUGAUUGUUGAUGUAGCAACCGAGUUUACAGGAGACGUACAGAGGCAAAAUUGGAACGCACUUGGCUUGCAGCACGUGCAAACUGGCAGCGUGGUGACGAUCGUUUCCGGUGCUACCAGCAAUCGAUAUAGAGUGCAGUCGAACGAUGGGAUUUCGAUGGCCUUGGUGGUUCAGCAGCUGGUGAUCAGGCUCAAAGACAAGGCUACCGGAAACUUUACGACCGCCAUCGCGCAAAACCACAUACAGCUGGUCCAAUCUCAGAUGGAGGCGCACUAUCGUAGUCGCCAGGCGGCGGAUAAAAUCGCGAGCGAGAUCGGGCUGCUGUCGACCCAGUUGAGAAACAUUGAAAGGAGGAUGCUGCGCGCUGUAAGGGAGAAGAACACCCGGUCUCUGGCCGCAACCGGACUGCCGUUCCUCUUGGAGUCGACCUAUCGCGCGAUCUUUGCGCUUCUGGAUGAUCUCGCGAUCGCACGAGCGGAACGGGAACGCGCCGGCCACGGUCUGCGGUGCGUCGUGAGGUUACUGCUCCUGCUGUUGCGGCUCAAUGUAAACGACGAUAAGUACGCGAUGCUCGAAGCCGCGAUCGGAUUCGAGCCGCAGCUGCGCGACGAGCUCGACUGGGAAGAGAUCGCCGACGUCAGCCUGAGCGCUUUCCUGCGAUCCACGUCGAGAAAAUCCACGGGUCAUCUGGACACGAAGUCCGCGACGUUAACCAAAAUGACAUCCGCCAAAGAGUUCGCGAAGUUGAAGAAACGUCUGGUACACGCGGUCGAACGUCUCGAUAGCUAUCGAGAGACCGAUAUGGCCGAGAACGAACAAUUGGAAGUUGGCGAGCGCGCUUCUUAAAAAUAUCCCUAUCGCGUCAUCCCGAUAUAGAAAUUUCUGUUUUUUGCAAAUUUCCGAACGUAUUUUCUCAAUAGCUCGUUCAAAGGAAAAAAUGUAAUAUUAGAACGUGAAAUUAAGUUCUUCGUCAGAAUUUGACUG